AUGUGUUGUGAUGAGAAUGAUGCCAAUCAUUUUGCUAAGCUUCUGGCUAUGAACUGGUCAAAGAUAUUCGUACCUAGUGCUUGUGGUACUUGCUCUUGUGGUGCUGCUUGGGAUAAGCGUGAUGUAUCAGAUGACUGGCUGGAUGUGGAAGGCUGUCAUGUGGCGUAUCUUUAUGAUUUCCACUGUGUGAAUGUGUAUUAUCGACCGUGUUCUACAUGCACAAACAAGAAGCGGUACGAUGGUAUCGAGAACAACGUCUUGUGGUUUGGAUCAUUUUCCAUUUCGCAUGCAGUCCUCAAAGAUUAUAUAAGGCAUUUUUUGGUUUCAAGAUUACUUGACAUUGACUUUGUUGACGCUUUUCAUUGUAACAUCUGUGGAAAACAUCCGAAAAAAGUUGUUAUGGACGAUUUCAUCUCCUGGCCUAAAAUGCUAAUCGUAUCCCUUAGAGAGGAACAUUUUGGUGUCACGUUUCCAGAACCUUGCAUAAGACUUCUCAAAGCACUUGCGUCAGAUAAACCUGUUUGUGCAAUUGUACCUCCUGUGAGAGAGGUGAAGGAUUUGUUGAUCAGAAUUGCCAACGGAGCAAAUCCAAAGGACAAUCCAUUGUCUGAUUUACAACUUUUGCACGAACAGGUCCCCCUCUUGUUUUGUCUUUGCAAUCAUUUUGCAGAGCUGCCAAACCCCAUACGUGUUUUGUGUGGGGAAAUGGUCGCCAAAGCGUCCAGUCCUUUUACUGACCAAAACGGGUGUGAGCGUUUGCCCCACAACCUUCCCCAAGUUCAGUGUGAUGGUCAGUUAGGUUUUUUUCCAUCUUUGCCUUCUCUUGUUGAACGUGGGCACUAUGUUCUUGACACAAAAAGAGCUGGUCAUUUAGAUGAUUGUGCCAAAGGCGUUCGUUCAAAGAAGAAGCAUGGGUCUUUAAUUCCUGGGAUAUUCCUUAUUUUAUGUCCGCACGGUAUUUGUUACGGCUUUCAAGUGAUGCCCGAUCAUGAAUCACCCAAUGUUCCUUUUACCAUUUUAAGAACUCGAUUUUCUGAAGCUCCUGAACUAGUGAUCUAUGACAACGCGUGCAAACUACACGAGUACUGCCUUAACCGCGAUCCUGCUUUUUUUAAAAAAUCCAAAUUCAUCGUCGACAAGUUUCAUUGGAGAAACCAUUCUGGUUGCUCUGAGGGAUACGAUAUUAAUAGAUAUCCCAUUUUAAAAAACGCACAACAGCCAAGCUGCAGAGCAGUGUAACUCUGUAAUGAAGCCACUUGCGUCAAUGGUUUCAUACAUGGAAUAUGACAACUUUUUGCUAUUUUCGAAAUUGUAUAUUUGGUACAGAAACAUGUUGCGCAUAAUAAAAUGCAAUCCUGGACGGGAUGUUCCAGAGAGGGAAACGUUUCUUGCAAUCAGCAAUAUUAUCAGAUAAGUAGUAUUUGAAAACCAGUAUUAUUUAAUUGGGAACCAUGUUGAAACGAAAUGCUAACACUUUGGAACAAACAAAAAGUCUAAGUAACAGUUGAAAUAUUUUUCUAAAUUCAUCAUUUUAAAGAAAAUACGUCAUAUUUAUGACAUGUCUGCGUAACGUAUAGCUGUAACAUUUUGUCCUCAAACAGCUUCAUAUUUUUCGCAUUUAUAGCAUAAUGAAAAAUUUUGGAUAUGAAAAUGAAUGAAAUCAAUUUUUAAAAUGUUGAAA